AUGUCAGGGGCUAUUCCAGCUUCUUCAAGACGUGCCAUUGUUACAAUUGCUAUUUGCAAAAUCUCAGUCAAGUCACGUGUUGAUUCUCCAAGCACAUUGAGAAUUGUUAAAUUGCUUACACCCAUUGCAAAAGUUGCUAAUAUUCGAUCUUUCUUUUCCGAUUCUGGGUCAUCCAUCUUUUCUGGUGCACCAAGACCUUCAGUGUCAAUUAGGACAAAUGCAUCAACGCCAAGUUGGUCGGAUAAAUUUUUUUCCAAAAACAAUAAUCGCAUGAAAAGACCUCUAGUACAACGCCCAACUGAAACAGCAAAUCUACAUGCAAAAAGAGCAUUCAAGAGAGUUGACUUUCCUGAUGAUUGUAGGCCAAGUAUGCUGACUACAAAAAUUCUAAGUCUAGGAUAUGCAUUACAAAUAUGCCCACAAAUGGCUGAGAACCAAGCUUCAGAUAUAGAUCCAGCAUCACCAUCAAGUAAUUCUAUGGAAAGGAUUGAAUUGGAAGAGUACCUCAAAGAUAAGAAUAAUGAAAUGUGUGAAAUAGAAACCAAACAAACAAUUGAGGAUUAUAUCAAACUCAAUCGUCAUUCUGCAUCCAUAAAACUCACUCAGAUGCUCGAUGCCAGUUUCAUCCGAAAAGGUAUUUCAUCCGAAUCUCUUGACAUAAUUAACAACCGUUUAGAAGGGAUUCUAAGGAAUAUGCCAAGUGGUAGACGAUUGACAGAUUAUCAACGUAAAAAAGAAGUUGAAGAAAUAUGGAGUUUGUUGCGAAAUAACAUAUUAUCAAAAUACAACAUUAAGCCAAUAGUGGAUCAAAUAGAUAAGGAGGUCAAAGAUGCGUGUUCUCAUUUAUCGUCAGUAGGAUUCUAUCAACAAUACAUGAAUGGAAACUCUCCAGAUUUAUCUAAGUGCGAUGCAUAUAAAAAAUUUAAAUGCUUUUCAUACUCUUCAUAUUGCUUGGAAUUGAGAGACAUCUGUACUCUCCAGGAAAAGCUUGAUAAUUUGGUAGAUUCAAUAUUAGAAAAAAGGGCUUCUUAUCAUUAUUACCCUGGAAUUGUGCGUGACCUCACAAAAGAAAUAGACAAAACACUUAAUGAGAAUUCAAAAAUUCUUCAGAUAACUUUUUUGCCAGAUUUCAAAUGGAAUACUUACUUAUAUGCUUUGUUGAAGUUUAAACCAAAAAUGGUAAAUUUUCAAAAACAAUGGGACAUGGAUAAUACUCCACUUGGCAUUCUUGAUCAAAAGAAAGAGGAAUAUUUAAAGAUGAUUGAUACUAGGCUUCAAUAUGGACAUACACUUGUUUCUGAGGGCCAUAUUAUUGGAGACUAUUUAUUGAGGGUUAUUCAUAAAAAAGCAAUUGAUGCAGGAAGCUUUGAGCGAAAAAAAGCUGUGUGUGAUAUUGGUUGGUUGACAUGUGCUGAAUCAGUUAGACUCAAAUAUUUUGAAAAACUUGCUGAACAAGUUCAAAAUGGUGAUAAAAAAGAAGCUAUAAAGUUUUUUUCACAGCCAAAGAAAUGCAUAGAAGAUUGGUUUAAACGUACAGUUGAUGGUAUUGCAAGUGGAAAUCCUGAGCAAAAAUACAAUGAUACCUUUAGAGCAGAAUUCAAUCGAGUCUUUCAAGAAAUUCGCAACUGUCAAAGUUUUGAAAAAAUCAAAAAAUUUGUAAAUGAUUACAUGACACAAGUUGAUAAAAUGGAUUACAAAUUGGAUCUUGAAGACAUAAAUGAUGAAGAUUUAAAUAUAUUCUAUAAUGCCAUUGAGGAAGAGCUUGAAACUAAAAGGGGUGGUUGUUAUACAAGAAAUGUGCCUUUUCAAGCCCCAUCUAAUGAUAAAUCAAUCAUGGAGAUACUUGGAUGCACAGAAGCAUGUUAUUUUUGUGGAGCUUUGUGCUGGGGAUCUCUGGGUCAUCAUAAUGAUAGUGGUGAAACAAAAAGACAUCAUACUAGCCAUCAACCUGGUGGUCUUGCAAGGUUCAGUUAUAGAGGUUCGAAAGAACUAGUUGCAAUGCCAUGUCAUAAAUUGGAAGAUAAUGUGGGUGUGUGGUAUUUUGGCAAGGAGGACCCAACACCUUGGAGCGUUGUAAAAGCUCAUGAUUUUAAGGAUUGGAGAUUUGAAUCUCACUACCAACACUUAUUUAAUGAUCUUAUGUGCUGGUUCUUUGAAAAAUUGCACGUAGAUCUGGCAAACAAAUAUGGACUCAAACCAUCAACUUAUAACGAAAUGAGUAAAUAUGGUUGUAUAAACUUGAGUUACAGUGAUAUUAUUAGUACGCUUAGAACAAAAAUUUAA